CACCCUCCCGGAGCUUCGCAGGCCCCCACCACACAUACCGCAGCCCAUGCAUCCAGCAUGGCUGCGGAGUCGGACGAACACGAGUCGAAAGCGACCACCUGCGAUGAGCCUCUGCAUCGGCGCGUGGUGAGCAAUGGCAAGGAAAGCACCGACCAAGACUCCGAGGACGAGGGGGAGGAUGAGGACGAGGCGGAGGAGGAGCCGAAGCUGAAAUACACUCGUCUGACGGGGAAUCUGGGUCCGGUGUAUCGGAACGGAGACGCGACAAGCACAUUCAUGGUCGCUGGAGAUAAAAUGAUUGUAGGUACGCAUAAUGGCAACAUCCACGUGCUAGCCAUCCCGUCCUUCCAACCUCUCCGAAACUACAAUGCCCACCCGUCCGCCUCGGUGACUGCGCUAUCUGUUUCGCCGUUUCCGCCGCCCCUGCCUACUGCCCCCUCCGGUGUAUCCAGCAGAGCCGCCGAGCGACCAGCUACUCCCCAGAAACAAGCGCCUUCGUCAGGCCCCAGUGCCGUCUCUCCCCAAAGACCUCGCCAGCCCCCUGUUCCAGCCACGCCUUCGAAUCAAAUCUAUAUUGCUUCUUCGUCAAUAGACGGUCAUGUCUGUGUGUCAUCGCUAGUAGACCCCAAAGACGUAACGCUUCGCAACUUUGCCCGACCCGUCCAAGCCGUCGCGCUGUCACCCGAGUACAAAUCUAACCGAUCAUACCUCUCUGGAGGCCUGGCCGGAGAACUAAUACUUACCACAGGCGGCCAGGCAGGUGUACGGUCCACUGCGAAUACGAGCCAAGCUGCAGCUGCCGCCCAGGGAUGGCUGGGAGCCAUUGGGCUGGGAGGAAACUCCGGGAGAGAUACCAUUCUGCACUCAGGAGAAGGGACCAUUAGCACCAUCAAGUGGUCCCUGUCUGGGCAAUACGUCGCAUGGGUUAAUGAGCAUGGCACUCGGAUUAUGCGAACGAAUCUGCAGCUUGAGAGCGCAGAUUCAGACUCAGCAUGGAAAAGGAUAGGCUUCAUCGACAAACCUAAUCGCCGGGCCUGGGAGGAUAUGGCCAGUGUGUGGAAACCCCGCGUUGAGUGGGUAAAUGACCAAUGGCUGGAGUCUGACGAUGACUCCAUCAUUAGCUUGAAUAGCACCCACACCGAAAAAGUUGACUCGACUCUGCCCCACCAAAGAGUAGAUAAGCAGCGGAAUGGUACCAAGAAGAAGAAAAUUGAGAAGCUUGUUGUCGGAUGGGGAGACGCGGCCUGGGUGGUCCACGUGAAUCCUGGUAGGACUGGCGUCGGACGAGAUGUCGGUGAGAGAUCGGUUGGCAGCGCCGAAAUCAUCCAUUUCCUUCGAUUCGACGAUUGUAUUGUUUCUGGCAUUUCGCUUUAUACCCCAUCUUUGCUUCUUGUUCUUGCUUAUCGGACCUGCGACGAUGAUGACAAUCCGAUCACUGAGGCUGAGACUACCCCAAGACGUGGAAUGCACCGGCGGCCCAACGGCCUCUCCCCUGAGCUAAAGUUGAUUGAUGCUGCAACAUCCGACGAAGUCGAAGUAGAUGCGCUAAGUGUCAGCAGAUUUGAGAGUUUAUCUGCUGCCGACUACCAUUUGAGCACUCUGUAUGUGCCGCAUCCGAAGACCAUGACGCCUGCACAACGGAGUGCACUAGAGGCAUUAGGAGGAGGUAUUUGGGAUGCUGGUGUAAGCGCAGCCAGAAUAUUCAGUUCUGGAGCCAGUAUGGUUAGCAUACCAAGCAGUGGAGAUCUGAAAACGGGACAUUCAGUGUCUUCUACGAGCGCCGGAAAUGCAUCGACAUCUUUUCCAGGCAAAAGACAUUUGCAGAUCCACCCAAACACUGCUACUGCUGGACUAAAAGUAUUCAUUCAGAGCCCUUAUGACUGCGUAUUGGCGGUCAAGCGCGAUCUUACGGAUCACUUCAAUUGGGAGCUAGAGCAUGAAAAUUUCAAGGACGCAUGGGAGCUCCUUGAUGACCACCCUGAGAUUGUCACGUCAUCUGCUCAACCAGCACCGGAAGCAUCCCCCGCAAGCACCCCAUCAAAGAAACAAGGAAGUCUGCAGGAUUUCUUCGCGGACGAAAGCGCAUCACAGACCACGAUUUCUGCUCCCCGGGCAAAUCACAACUCUGCUGUCGAGAAAGAGAAGCGACGGAUUGGUGAUCUUUGGGUACAGCAGCUAGUAAACGCAAGAGACUGGAAACAAGCGGGGAAAAUCGCCGGUCGUGUCCUAGGUACCUCGAUGAGGUGGGAGCAUUGGGUUUGGAAAUUUGCCCAAGCAAAUCGCUUUGACGAGAUUGCGUCUUACAUUCCUACAAAGCAGAUGCAUCCACCACUACCAUCUCUGGUGUAUGAGGUGGUCCUUGGCCACUACAUUAUUCACGAUCGAAUUCGCUUCAAGCACCUGCUUGAGGACUGGGAUCCUGAGCUGUUCGAUAUCGACAGCGUGAUUGAGGCGAUCAAGAGCAAACUAUCCGCAGGCGAUGUCACCGAGGACUCGAUCGAAGGAAGUGACCAAGGCCGAGAUUGGCGAAUACUCCAAGAUGCACUUGCUAAGCUGUACCUUGCCAGUGGCCAUCAAAGAGAAGCGCUGCGAUGCUACAUUCGACUGCAGAAUGCGGACGCAGCCAUGUCUCUCAUCAGCGAGUUCCACCUUGUGGAAGCGGUUCGAGAUGACAUUCCAGGCUUCAUACUACUUCGAGUAUCAAAAGAGCAGAUGGAGUCAGCUCCUUUGUCGGAACUUGAAGAAGCCUCGUCCGAAGCUGUGCACGUUCUGGUCGACGAAGCGUGUCGUGGUAUCAUUCCCGCAAAUGAUGUCGUCUCGCAAUUGCAAGACAAAGACUUGUCUUUCCAACCCUUCCUUUUCUUUUACCUCCGAUUGCUGUGGAAACCAGAGAACCAUGAGCGCAAGGGAAACACGGCCCAAGAACGCCGAGCCACAAGGGGUCUCGCCGACGAAGGCAAAGCGAUUGCAGAAGAAUUCGCCGAUCUUCUUGUUGAACUCUUCGCUGAAUAUGAUCGCCCACUUCUCAUGGAAUAUCUAAGAAAGUCGCAGAGUUACAAUCUUGAGAAAGCUGCCACCAUCUGCGAACGAAGGGAAUAUAUUCCUGAGCUAGUCCACAUCCUCUCCAAAACCGGCCAGACAAAGCGCGCACUAUAUCUUAUCAUCGAAAAGCUGUCCGACGUCUCAUUCGCCAUUUCCUUUGCAAAAGAACAAGACGACCCAGACUUAUGGAACGAUCUCCUCGAAUAUUCAAUGGACAAACCGCACUUCAUCCGGGGUCUCCUCGAAGAAGUCGGCACAGCAAUCGACCCCAUCCAACUCGUCCGCCGUAUCCCCGAAGGCCUCGAAAUCGAAGGCUUACGCGACGGUAUCGGGCGUAUGGUCCGUGAAUACGAAAUCCAGUUCUCAAUCUCCGAAGGCGUAGCGAAAGUCCUAAGUGGGGAGGUUAGUGUAGGUAUGGACAUGCUCCGUGCAGGCCAAAAACGCGGUGUCAAGUUCGAAGUCAUUCCCUGUGACGACGAGGUUGAAGCCCUAACCGGAAAAACUCCGGGCACGUUUAAAGAGGACAAGAAAGUGGAUAUCGAACCCAAAGGCGUGGAACCUGCGACAGCAAUGAGGAUCCAGAGCCACAGCCAGAGCGAUACCGCGACGUCCACGACCCCUGGUUUGCAUAUCGACGCGCCGCCCCCAGAUCCAGAAGGUGAUGCACCUCCCGGUCAUUGUACCGGAUGUCACCGCCCUUUCAUUCUACCCACGACCGAGGAAGUGGAGGCUAUGGAUGGCCCGGUCCCGUUGAGUCGCGAUACCCUAGUUGGCUUUGCGUGUGGGCAUGUAUUCCACCUUUCUUGUCUUCUCCCGAAGACAAGUGCGAGCGCGAGUGUGGUUGCGACGUUGCAGGCGCGACCUGCGGCUGAUGCUCAAGAGGGAGGUGGGUAUGAGGGGAGGAGUGUUGGUGCGAAGGUGGCGCACGCGCAUCUUAUUAGGAGGGCCAUUGGGAAGGGGUGUGUAGUUUGUAGAGAGCGCGAGAGGGUGGUGGACCAAGACGGUUGAAGGGAUGAAGGAUUUAUAUUUGUAUGAUUGGAUUGGAUAUCUGCAGCGGAUGACAUUUUUGCCUGUUUCUUUCCAAUGGCGCGAAAUAAAAUUGAGAGGUUGCAUGGUUAGAGUGCAGGUGGGUCAGCGGUUUUGUGGGUUUGCAUUCUUGGGCGCUUUGCAUACUUGGUGUGUACGUGUGACGGGCCAUAUAGCAAUAGGGAUUGGGAUAUAAACAUAAGC